UCUAUAGGAAAAGUGCAAUGAGGUAACUUCUGUUAGGAACGGGCGCUAUAUAAAUAAAAGUGAAUUGAGGCUUUUAGCAAAAAAAAAAAGUAUUUAAAGUAUCAAAAGUACUCAUUAUGCAGAAGGGGGCCAUUCAGUGUUCUAUUAUUAUAUUAUUGAAUCAUUAUUAUUAAUGUAAUAACACACUAUAUGCUCGCUUGCUGUAUAUGCUUUUAAAAAAAAAUAUAUAUAUAGUUUUUAAUGAUUUGCUUACUAGAGAAUAUGGUAAACUCCAUAUAAACAAAUCAUAAAAUACAGACUGUGUGAAAGUUCUUAGUUGUAGAAUGUAAACAACCGACAAGGUCACAAAAAGGAGAUUGAAAUUCUGAUUUCUCAUGUGAAAAGUAACUAAAUAAUAGGCCUGACUACAAUACCAGCUUAAUAAAGCCGAAACCUCUGCCUCAUUAACCUAUGGUUAUUAGACUAGACACUCCUCCUGAGCUCCCGAGUGCUUUCAGUGCGGUGUGCCUCUCGGUGUGCCUCUCGGUGAAAAAGCUGAACUUCUCGUCCACACAGUUGUAGGAGGCCACAUGCUUAGAACUCCUCUCUCACCGUCCUCGCGCUGCGGUGCGGCGUACGAGCUGCUGUGAGCGCGCGCGCUGAAGAUGCAGUGCGUAUCAUAUCGCGUGAUGCCGCAAAGCCGCGCGGCGUCCGCGGGAGUGGGUGGAUUCCUGUGUGGAGGUAAAUGCGUUCAAGUUGACGGUGGUUUGGGAUUUCUGACUUUACUGAUUGUAAAAUACAAAUAAUACGCAAAGCCUGUAUAACCUGACGGCAUUCAUAUGCAGCGGUAAAACCGGCGGCUCAUUCGCGAGUUCCUCCUGUGACGGAAACUUUAAUUCAUCUGAAUGAGUUAAUGGAUUUGCACUUAGGAGGGGGUAAUUGUAACUGACGCGGGGAUUAAUGUCAGGAGAGCUCGUCUAAGCCGGCAGAAGAAGCGGCGAACAGCGCUCCGUUCUGUUACCGAGCCACACACAGACAUCGCGCUCCCUGCGGCUCCGACAGUGUUAUGCUCGGUGGUGAAAUCAGCAGUCCACCACGACCAGUACAGAAAACCGGCUUUCUCUCUUUCACAUGGGCGAAGACGAGGAGCGGUUCUGCGCCCAGACUCGCCACGGAGGAAACGGAGGAAACGGAGGCAGCGGAGCGUCUCUGGACCCGGACAGAGAGAGGAGGUAUGCGGAGCUGUUCAAGCAGCUGGACUUGAAUGAAGAUGGCAGGGUUGACAUCAAUGAACUGAGGACCGGACUGGCAGCUCGCGGUUUACACCGGGGAGAGGCAGAGGAGAUAGUCCUCGAGAGCGACAUCAACCAUGAUGGUUUGCUGGAUUUCCAGGAGUUCUCCCAGUACCUCUGGGUGCAUGAGAAGAGGCUGUGGCUCAUGUUCCACAGUCUUGACCACAACAACGAUGGUCAAAUUGAUGUGGGGGAGAUCCAGCACUCACUGCACAAGCUUGGUGUGAAGGUCACCGUGGAGCAGGCCUCCAGAAUACUGCAGAGUAUGGACAAGGAUGGCACUAUGACCAUUGACUGGUUUGAAUGGCGUGAUCACUUCUUGUUCAACCCUUUCCACAACAUGGAGGAGAUCGUCCACUACUGGAAACACUCCCAUAUGUUUGACAUAGGGGAACAUCUGACGGUGCCAGAUGAGUUCUCAGAGCAGGAGCGGCGUUCAGGUCUGGUGUGGAGGCAGCUGGUUGCUGGAGCGAUGGCAGGGGCUGUGUCCCGGACAGGAACUGCUCCUCUGGACCGCCUGAAAGUCUUCCUACAGGUACACGGUUCUACGUCUCGGGGGAUUAAUCUGUGGUCCGGACUGAGAGGCAUGGUCCAGGAGGGAGGCGUCUUCUCACUCUGGAGGGGAAAUGGCAUCAACGUCCUCAAGAUUGCCCCUGAAUCUGCCAUUAAGUUUAUGGCCUAUGAACAGAUCAAGUGGCUGAUCCGAGGCAGUAAAGAAGGGGGCAGUUUGAGGGUACAAGAGAGGUUCAUUGCUGGCUCUCUGGCAGGAGCUACCGCCCAGACCAUCAUCUAUCCCAUGGAGGUGCUGAAGACUCGUCUUACAUUAAGGAAAACGGGACAAUACUCAGGUAUAGCUGAUUGUGCCAAACAGAUCCUGAAGACAGAGGGUAUCCAGGCUUUCUACAGGGGCUACUUGCCAAAUACGCUGGGCAUCAUCCCCUAUGCUGGCAUCGACUUGGCUGUGUAUGAGACUCUGAAGAACGCCUGGCUCCAGAGGUACUGUGUAGAUUCAGCAGAUCCAGGAGUUUUGGUCCUGCUGGGCUGUGGUACCAUCUCCAGCACCUGCGGCCAGCUGGCAUCCUACCCCCUCGCUCUCAUUCGAACACGUAUGCAGGCACAAGCCAUCACUGAGGGUAAACCCAAGCUGACCAUGGUGGGCCAGUUCAAAUACAUCAUAUCUCAUGAAGGUGUGCUGGGCCUUUAUCGCGGCAUCACCCCCAACUUCCUCAAAGUCAUUCCAGCUGUCAGCAUGUCCUACGUGGUGUACGAGCACAUGAAGAAAGUCCUCGGGGUGGGUUACUAGACUGAGACAAAGAAGAGAGGUUAAUGACAAAAAGGACAGAGAAAGCAAAGACUUCAUUAUACGUGUGAGAAGAAGCAGAGGAGAGGUGAUGAUGCAGCUCCUCAGACGUCUGAAGAAAAAGAAGAGAGAGAGGAGAAAAGAGCCAUUUAACAGAAUGGGAUGGUCCUGCUGUACAGUAUGCUACUGUUGACUCAGUCAGGUUCAAGCUUGUGUAGCUUGCGGAUAGUUUGCAGGUAGAUCAUAUUCAUUUGUUGAAUUUGAGAAUGAGGUUAAUGUUUGUCCAUUUUGACACCAUUAUGCCAAAUACAUACAGGAAAUGCAUUUACUCCCAGUAUAUUUGGAUUUUAACCAAUGUCUUGACUUGGUCCAACGCACACAGUCAAACAAUAAAUACAUUUUAAUGCAAGUAUGCAAGUUGGGGUCACAUAACGUUCUGAAAUACUACCUAUAAUGUUCGCUGGUCAUAGGAAGGCUGAACUACCCAACAGUACAAUUACACCGUUCAUGUUACAAAGUAAUCUGCCAAGAAUUGUCCAGUGCAGAGUUGCUGGAUGGCAUUACAUUGUGUUGUGGUAAAAGAUGAACCAGGUCUAACAGUUUGUUGGACGUCCCUGCUUGCUUUUGCUGGACCCCUCUGCAUGAGGAACUCCACUGUAUCAAUGCAGUGGUGUCACUGAAAUGAAUGAGGGGGCUGUGUAUUUUUCAGGCAGCGCUGAUGUCGGUCUGAACACAGCCUUAAAGUCCCUGAAAGCUUUGCCUUAUGUAUUUCAUGAUGACAUUAAAUAUUUUUGACUAAAUGAGCAGCCAUCAAAAUUAAAAUUCAGAAAAAAAACAUCCUUAGUUAAGAGUUUAACAGUCAAAGCUCUACAUAAGCAAACAACUCACCAGCUGGCAUCACCUUUUAAUUUAAAAUGCUGCUAAAUCCUGAUUGGUGCUCAGAUGUACAUGACAUUGCCUAUUUCUCACAUGAGCCUCACCCACUUCCAACCAGUGAAAAUAGCACAGGCAAAAACAUGCAGAAAAUCUGCCAUUUGAAGUGACCAAAAUUGUCUGAACUUUGGCAGAAAAACUUGUGUUCAUGUAGGAAUCCAUCAGUCAGAGUAGGAAGCUGACAGAGAAAAUGUGUUUUCAGGGGCUUUAAGGCUUAGAAUAGCUUCUAACUGGCUGAUUUAGGAGAAAGUCAUUCUUCAUUUUGACAAGUUUUUGGUCUAAAAGUCGUUUCAGACAAUGAGUGGUUGCCACUGUUGUUUCCAGUGUGAACUGAGCUUUGUGGCUGGAGCGUCUUGUCCCCGGUGUGAAACCCAAGUGACAUCACAGAUCUCUGUGUGUCUGGCUGACAUCUCAGUGUCACCACGUGAAGCUCGACCUCGACGAGACUGAGCUUCCAGGGAAGGCAUAUCCUGUCCAUGACCUCUCCAUUACUAUUUACCAACUGUCCUUCGCUGCGAACAUCGCUGCGACAACCCACUCCUGCAGAUUCAUCCUCCACCUGUUCCUCCCCCAGGAGGGUGGUGCAGGUUCUUGUCAGCUCGCGCCGAGACUACUGAAAUUCGCUCAUGGCUGGUGUGCCUGCAUGUGCCUUCCGACCUCUGCAGCUCACCCAGAAUGCAGCAGCUCGGAAGGUCUUCGACCUACCCAACUUCUCCCACACUACCCCGCUCCUCCGCACCCUGCACUGGCUGCUCGAAAUCGAUUCAAGACACUGGUACUUGCCUAACAUCACAGGGUUUUUCCUGGCUCAGAAUGGGCCUUUUGGGGGGUUGGCUACGCACAACACUAUGCAUGAUCAGUCUGCAUAAACUUAGGGCUGGGUGAUUAUGGCUUAUAAAUAAUAUCUUGAUAUUUUUUAUGCUAAUAUAUUGUGUGAUAUACAAUUUAUAUCUCAAUAUACACAUUUUCUCUAAAAUAACAUAUACCGUAAAUUCUCAACUAGUGCAAACAUAUGAUGAUCUUAUAGACCAUGAUGCAUUGCUGUAGAUGAAACUACCCAUCAGUAUAUAAAGUAGUUAAAAUGAGCUCCACCUUAAAAAUCAGUAAAAUGCAACAUACACAUUAAUGCAGCAGGAAUAUUAAUCCAGAAACAUCAUAUAGGAAAAUAGUAAAAUACUGACAAUGACCAUUUUACUGCGCAAACUUUACGUAUAUUUUGACAAACUUUUACCUUAGUACGGUUUAGAAUGCAGAACUUUUACUUGUAGUGGAGUAUUUUCACAGUGGGGUUGGUGUUAGUCCUUUUGGUUAAGUAAUGGACCUGGACCCCUUCUAGCUCUGGUACACCCUAACUGCACCUGUGUGUUACCGGCCUUUAAGAAAAGUAGCCUUGUGGGUUAGUGAUGGGCAAAGCCCUUCUUUUCAGUGUAAUAGAAUCAUUAGAAUCGUUCAUUAAAAAGAUCCGUUCCAAAGAUUCGUUCGCCGAGUCGCUCAGUGCUUGACCGGAGCUCUGACUGCGUAGUCCCACUCGCUGAACUGAAACACGGCUGAACGUUCAGUUCAGCUCGCUAACUAGUGAACUAAGAACAGUCGUUCGUGAAGGAUAAGCUGGUGAGCUGAGAAUUUAGUUGGAUAAAAAUACAGUUUGCAAACUAUUAUGUACAGCACAUAUAUUUUUGCAACACCUUAUUAUUAAAUUAAAUAUUUGGUCCUACUUCAAUACAUGAGAAGGAAGGGAGAGGUGCGGGCCUGAGGACUCAGCAACUGUCAGCACUCAGGGCUCAUGUUCACUGUGUAGUAUGAUCAGUGAACAUGCACCUUUCCCUUGCAGUGAAGGGAUCUGAGACAGUCUCAGGCUCAGCCACCGUUUCUCAUAUUGCAGGUUUCACCACGCAUUUUAAACUGCAGCGACACACUCACACACACCCACACACCCACACACACACACACACAGGUCAGUGUUUAUACCGGAAAAGGUAACAAAACAAAAACGUGCACACACACACCCAUACAGUGAGUGUAUCCUUCUAGCUGUCCUCUUUUCAGAACAGUGAGGUUAUGUGUGUGUUUUUGAAUUAUUGCAGCUAAAUGUUAGCCAAAUCAGGUGUGUGUUAGCUGUCUUGAACACACCCCAUUUCUCCUGCGAACAAAUAACUUGAAUCACUCACUGAGCGUGUCCCUGCAUGUUGGCCUGUAUAACUGAGAGCUCAACUGGACUGACUGAGAAUCGCUUCAGGAAGUGAUUCGGUCCAGUUCAUUCACCCAGAAAAUUCGUUCUUUUGAACAAAACUUUCGCAAACGAGACAACACUAUUGUGGGUAACCUGUGUGUGUGACAGAGUGUAGCUGGUUUGUUGUGAACGUGAUUCUUUCCAGGUGUGUGAGGGGUAGUGGUGUUACUUUAGUCAGCCAUAAAGUGUCCAGAUAAGCUCAGGUUGCAGUAUAUUAGUUACGGAAAGGCUGUGUGUUGUGUUUGCUGCCACAGGAAAAUAAUAAAAAAAGUCCCAGUUUGUUACUACGAUGUCUUCUUCUUCUUCUCCUCUUCACAGCUAGCUGCCAGCUGCCAGUAAGGCUAAUGUCAAUUAAAAUAGCCUAAAACCAGAGGUCUCCCAAAUACGUUUUGGAGCUGGAAGCUGCAGGUUGAGUAAUCAGAGUGAUCAGAUGAUUGAUCGUGUUUUCUCGUGAUUUUUUUGCGGAAAUUCAGAAAGGAUUUUUUUGCUAUUUUGCUAUAUUGCUAUCAAUUCUUAUCAUUUUGGCGCUGGUGAUUUUCCUUUGCCGCUGGCUAAAACCUCUUUGGGGGACGGCAAAAAUUACUCUAUGCAGGAAAAACCCUGCCAUCAUCCAGGACAUGGUCAAACCAUACACCCCAGCCCACUACGCUCUGCUACUGCCAAUCAGCUUGCUACUCUCUCACUACGAGGGGGGGCCCAGCCAACGCGCAACAAAAUCACGACUGUUUGCGGUCCUGGCUCCACAAUGGUGGAACGAGCUCUCCACUGACGUCAGAACAGCAGAAACUCUACACAUCUUCCAUCGCAGACUGAAAACUCAUCUGUUCAGACUGCGCCUUGGGCCAUUAAAACAUAUUAGAUAAAGCCUUUCUCUAUCUCUUAUUGUCUCUAAAUGCAGCACUUGAAGCAGUUCAGCGUAUUUGAUGAAGUUGAUGUACUUGAUGAUUCUCGCAAUUUCUGGGUUGUAUCCACUGGGUUGAAAUGCACUUAUUGUAAGUCACUUUGGAUAAAAGCAUCAGCUAAAUAAAUUUACACCGGCAGUGAACAUUUGAAUGAAUAUAAAUGGUCCUGGAGCAACACCAGCUUUGAUGUGUGAUUUCCAGUCUGGGCCAGCAAACUAUGUUAACCCUUUCUUCUAUUUGAAGCUACAACCCACUCUGUCACGUGAUGAGACUAGAGGUAGUGGAUGGCGGGAACAUGGAGGUUGUUGGUAGGAACUGACCUAACCAGAAACCAUGGUUGUGCCUUGUUACCACUCAUUCAAAGUAGAGAACACUGACAUCAACAGGCAACAGACGUUGCUCACUGUCUGAAAGCUCCUUUAGAGUAAUUCAGAAAGUAUUUUAUCACUAAAACCAGUUCCUAAAUCAGUGAAGGGUUUAGACAGAAGGAACUCUUAGUAAGUCAGAUUUAUGGCCUCUUUAGUUAAAUAACACUUCCUGAAUAUAGCCUCAGGUAUAUUGCAAAAUGCAUUCUCCUAUGUCCGUUACACUUUCAUUUAUGGCCGUAGGCAGCAAUGAGGUCACAGAGGUCCGGACCUCGGUAAUUCAUUCCUAAAAAAAAUAAAUAAUUCUUUUUAUAUAAAAGAAUUUGAAUUAAAAGAAAAUUGGCGCUAUAUAACAUAUAUAUGUAAUCAGGAGUUGAAAACAUCUGGUCAUCUAUCCUUUAAGCGUCUGAGCUGAACAGCUCUCGUUACAUUACAGUACUGUCCUCUCAUUCUAUUCAGUCCGUGGGCGAGGGGGCUGCAACCUACAUACUUACCACAAGAUCAGUCAACACUGUGUUUGAAUACAGGUUGCACUUUCAAAGCACACAUGACUGGCCUUACCAAUAUGGUAUUGGUAAUAUGGAUGAUACAAAUCCUCUUAGGUAAUUUAAGAACAAUGGAGAAUGGCAAUGAUAAGGACGGCUGCUCCGGUUAUAUAGCCUACCUCUCGAAGCAAGACUGGUCAGUGCCCUGAAUGAUCGGCCUCACUAUAACCUUCCGACUGUAUUCCACCUGACCUGCACACUCAAAACAAGUAACUACGACUUACGCCGGGAACAGAAGCAGCAACUGAUCUGAGAUCAAGAUCUGAGCUCACUAACUAUUAACCUAAAUGCUUUCAAAACAUGACAUGUCCAAACGUUUUCACACAGAAUCGAUUGACCCUUCGCUAAGCCCCGUCCUCCUCACUUGUUAAGCUUUCCGUUCUCGCACUAGUUUACAGCGAUACCGGUGGCAGAUUUAACAUUGAAGUUCGCAGUCAUUUUUGAAACACCAGGUCUUCAAUUCCACAGAGAAGUAAACAAAAGCAGGCUUCUCAUUUCUAGCUGACAGCCGUGGAUUUUCACGACUCUCAAAAUUCUCUUUUGUAAUUUAGCUAGCUAAUGUAAGCUAAUGAUAAUGCUUAAACUCCUUGAGUCAGCUGGGAAGUGUGUCUCCAGCUGACUUUUUAAUGUUUCCAUCUGAUACAUUUUAAAAUGAGAGCCCUGUAAAAGGGUCUUAAAUAUGUAAAUUGACUUAAUGGCUGCAUACUUGAUAUGAUGCUAAAAGACUGAGGCUAAAGCUACAUGUCCCAGGCACAACAUCAGCAUCCUCGCCAGUUGUUGAUUCAUGUAAAGGACUUGUAUAACAUUACAAGGAUUGUUAGUGUAUUUCAGUGUAGAGCUAAUUAGCCCCAUGGUAUUAAAACUAUAAUGUUACAAUAAUAAAAUGUAAUCAAAAUGUAUUUCUAAAGUCCUAGCUACGGGCCUGCUUUCAUUGCAGUAGACUGUAGUUUUCUGCUCAACAGGCGUGAAAGCCUGACUGCUUCCCAUGUAGAAACACAGUAUUAUCAAAACAGACAGGACAGAACACUUAUAUCCACAGAAGUGCUUCAACACAGUGAUAUAGACAUGCAAUCUGACAUUAGCUACAUGGUGGUAUCUCAAAUACAAGUGCAGCUUUUAUUCCCAAAUAUUUCAUGUGCUGAAGACACUUUACAGCGUUUGUCUGGUCUGACGGUGCUGCUUAUGGCUACCCAUGUUUAACCCUCAGCGUCUCAGUGCAAACAGUGGUAGAACAAGGAAUGGGAAAUGGUACCAGUAGUCUGAGAGCAGUGAAGUAUUUGAACAGCAACACACUGGUGUUUAGUUUCUGUGCUUUAAUCAUUUGACUUUUAAAUGAUACAUAGUGUAGGUUUCAGGUUAAAGAGACACUCCUUGAGUUUAUGAAAUAUUGAUGUCCAAAUACUUAAAAGGCUCAGGAUAGUUGUUACUCUUGAGGUGUAAGUCAGUGGGCUCUAGUUUCAUGGCGGUGUAGUACAGCAGAAUGUGCAAAGCCAGCAUACAAGACUGAAAAGUUGGAGCUAAUUAAAGAUAACGAGCUGUGUGGGUUGUCCCUCUGCCAGCCUCCUCAGCUGUCGUCACAGUUUAAAGGUUCACCACUGACAUCUGUCAGCCUCCAGACAAACUCAUAUUUACCUCCAGCUGCUGACGGAGUCACUAACUGAUAUCUCCCGCUGUUGUAUUUAUCCAACUUUAACAAUCCCAACUUAAGGUCGGCUUCCAGCCAUGUCACCCAGUCUGCAUCCGCAGACGCAGUUUGCUCGGUUGUCAUAGAGAUGGAUCCGUUCACAUCCUUGGCUGUUGUAGAACUUCUCGUCCAUGCUGGCUUACAUUGAAGGUAACCCAUGGAUCCUACAAACAAAAGUUAUGUUUAUAUUCAGUGUUACUCACCAAACACAUUGUGUGUAUCCUUGAGGUCAAACAAAUGUGCUGAAUGCAUUUCCUUCCUCAUUAAACAUUUGCAAAGCUGAUUUUUUCAGGUUUUAAAAUCCAGCAUUGUUUCCAUCCAUGUUUACUUGCUUGCUGUCUUCUUCUUCCCUGCCUUCGCUGGCUCACUGCAGCAUACCUUGGAGUGUUACCGCCCGUAGAUCAGUGGAAUACUGUGAAACUGUUGGCACAACUAGAGGUCAAAAACUCUACAUGGAACAUUUAAGCAUCAAAGUUCAUUCGUGACCAUGGAAUUAGUACUUUGAACAAAAAAAUCCAACUCAAGCUCUACUUACUAGCUUCUGGAGCUUUCAACCAUACCACAUGAAUAUUCAUCAUUUUGUUAUGUUUGCAGUAUUUUUAUAAGUCAAGGAGAGGGUCCAUUAGAGGGCCUUUAUUAGAGAUUUUGAUGGUAGAGAGAUGACAUAGAGGAAAUGAGAGGACAGAGAUUGGGACUGACAUGCAGCAAAGGUUCCUGGAGUUGAAUCAGGGACAUUGCGAUUCAUAGCUGGCACCACAGGGGUGCCCCCCCCUUUCCGCUAAACCUUAGCUGCAAGAGUCAGAAUAUGGAAUCAACUGCAAUUUUAGGGAAACAAAUGACUGCGUGUGUAUCUGUGCAUGAUUUUUUAUCAUAUUUAGGUAUAACUUGAAUAUGAAUUGCACAAAAGCUUUGUAUAGUAGUUUGUUGGUGCAGUUCUGUAGCAGCUGCAUGUAAAGGGAGUGGUGAUACACUCCCAUAAACUUUGAAUAUCAUUAUUUGCAUUGUAGGCAAAGACAUACUCAGUAUAAUCUAUGGUAUUAUGCUUAUGAAUGCCUAAUUCUCUGAAGAUUUUUUGUUUUCCUCCCUUGCAAGCAUACUUGAAAUGAUGACUACUUGUUGCCACUGGGGUCUUGCAAGCAUGACAUACAAUAUUUGUAAAGCAAGUGUGCAUGUUUCCAAGCCUUUUGUGAAAGUGUAGCCAGCUAGCUUCAGUGUUUGAGGACUGUAUUGCCUUUCUUCUGUGAGUUAUGUUCAAGCCAAAAGAAAGAGCUGUUGUUCUAUGGGUUUGAUAACAAACACCACAAAAAGAGCUUUCUAGUUUUGAGAAAUCAUAUAUGUCAGUUGAAUGUGUAUGUGCACUUUACAUGCCUCAGCGAUGGAAUUAAAUCUGUGACAUUGUACAAAUGAAUAAUUGUUCAGUAGUAAAUGAUGUGUCAACAUCA